UCGAGGUUGCGUGUCGUGUCGCUUGAUUCAUCCCGAAGUUGGGCCCCUCCGGUAGAAGGGUCAGAAAAACAACACAGCGCGGAAGAUCGCGAACCAUUUUUCGGUCGGUGUCGCGCGAGUGCUAUCGAUCCGAUCGCAGUUGGUCAAAAAGGUUUUGAAGCAGAGUGAAUCACCAUCGUCGCCAGCAUGAAUUGUGUAUUAGGUCAAAGUUGUUCUAAUAUGUUUGAAUGAUACGUUUGGGAAGCGGAAUUCCGGGCAAAGUGCAAGUGCUACCAAGGAUUAAUCAAAAUCCCGAGUCAAUUUAGAUUAGUGUAUAUAGUGAAAAAAAAGGAAAGUAACGUAGAAAAAGCUCCUGCACCAAGGGGAAAAUCGAAAGUUAUUGGCAGCGCUGAAGACAUCAAGCACCGUGACCGAGCUGGAUUUGGAAGGUGGCAGAACUAGUAGCGGUCGGUAGAUAGAGCUAGUGUGAGUGUGUGUGUGUGUGUGCGAGCCAAACCAUGAACCACCUGCCAGGAUCGUCCCCGCGGUCACCGGCGCCCUCGCCGGAUCCGGACGUGGACGAUGGGAGCUCCAAAAAGCAGGCUACCAGGGUUUUCAAAAAGAGCUCCUCCAACGGCAAAAUAACAGUCUACCUGGGCAAACGGGACUUUGUGGACCACAUUUCGCAUGUAGACCCCAUAGACGGCGUCGUACUGAUAGAUCCCGACUACGUGAAGGAUCGCAAGGUGUUUGGACACGUGCUGGCCGCGUUCCGAUACGGGCGUGAAGAUCUGGACGUGCUCGGGCUGACGUUCCGGAAAGACCUGUACCUCGCCUCCGAACAGAUCUUCCCCCCGCUGGAAACGGACCGACCCCUGACGCGCCUCCAGGAGCGGUUGAUCCGCAAGCUCGGCCCCAAUGCGUACCCCUUUUACUUCGAGGUGCCGCCGCACUGCCCGGCGUCGGUGUCGCUCCAGCCGGCCCCCGGGGACACCGGCAAACCGUGCGGCGUCGACUACGAGCUGAAGGCCUUCGUGGGGGAAACGCCCGAGGACAAGCCCCACAAGCGCAACUCGGUCCGGCUCGCCAUCCGGAAGAUCAUGUACGCGCCCUCGAAGCUCGGCGAGCAGCCCUCGAUCGAGGUCAGCAAGGAGUACAUACUGAAACCAAAUAAGAUCCACCUGGAGGCCAGUUUGGACAAGGAGCUUUACCACCACGGCGAGAGCCUCUCGGUGAAUGUACAUAUAGCGAACAACUCGAGCAAAACGGUGAAGAAAAUCAAAGUGUCCGUGCGGCAGUUCGCCGACAUCUGCCUCUUCUCGACGGCGCAGUACAAGUGCACCGUGGCGGAGGUCGAGUCAGAGGACGGAUGUCAAGUGGCGCCCGGCUUUACACUGUCCAAAGUGUUUACGCUGACGCCGCUGCUGGCCAACAACAAGGACAAAUGGGGCCUGGCACUGGACGGCCAGCUCAAGCACGAGGACACCAAUCUGGCCUCCAGCACGUUGUCUCGCAACAUGGUCGAUGGAAAGUAUAGAAUUGCCGAUCCGUCCCAGCGGGAAAACCUCGGCAUCAUCGUGCAGUACAAAGUGAAGGUUAAGCUGUGCAUUACACCACUCGGCGGUGACCUCGUCGCGGAGCUGCCGUUCAUCCUGAUGCACCCGAAGCCGGACGACGACGAGCCGGUGAUAGGGGACCGAUCGCCCGGCCGGACGACCAACAGUGCCGCCGUCGGUGGCGAGGGCAAGCAAAACGCGGGCGGUGCCGGUGGCGGUGACGGCCUGACCAAGAACAGCAACAACCACAGUGGCGGCCCCAGCGGCGGCACCAAAGAGGACGGACCGAACCUGAUUCAGCUGGAUGGCGACGAAAACUGUCCGGAUGACGACAUCAUCUUCGAGGACUUUGCACGGUUACGCUUGAAAGGGGCCGAAACGGAAGCCUAAUGCACGAAGAAGACGGCACCGCCGGCGGCGGGCCGUGCCUGUGUGGGAGAAAGAAAAAAAGCGCGUUAGUGUGGGUGUGUAGCAGCAGCAGUAGCGUAGUAUUUGUACGUACUACCACGUAUCACCACCACACCACCACAACCACAACCCUCCCAGUAUCCAGUGUGGCAUUUUUUUUGGAGAGUGAGAGAGAAAAAUUUCCCAUCGUUUUGCCAAAAAGAGAAAGCGAAAGAGUUCAGAGCAAAAAACAAUAACAAGACAAAGCCGCACACAGAUGUAAAGUAGUGUGAGUGUGUAGAGAGCGCGCAACUAGGCACAAAGUAUCAUUCAAUUACUACUACAGUGAAACCACGACCACAACCACCAUCGCACAGUUUAGUGUAUUACCAAACAGAAUAAAAUGAGAAAGCAUGGUUCAAACACGAGUAGUUUUGUGUGUAUUAGUGUGGGUGAGAGCGGGCGAGUGUGAUUAAGGUGAAACGGGAACGCGUGCGCGAGAACUUUUUUAACUUUACCAAAAUGGAAACUUUAAAAUGGCGGCCAGAUUGUGAAAACUGGGAAAAGGCGCAAAGCUUUAGUAUCUUAGCGUGAGCUAUAAAAUAGUUGAUGACAGGUAAACGGGAGAUCUUCGUUGGAAACCCACACACACAUAAAAUUAUUAGCAAACCCAAGAUUGGAAGGAAGGCGCGUCGUCGUGUAAACAAUACAAUGUUUUUAAACGGAAUUACACAUUUAGGCAAACAAAAAAAAAAACAAACAAAAUUAAUAAUCAACGUGGAAGCAUUUACGAAGCGUUCGUCUUCGCUCAUGUAGUUAAAAAAAGUCGCUUCUGUCGCCUAGCAGGACAGACGAUAGUAUCUUUAUAUGAUAUAUAUUUUUGCUAUUAUACAACUAUUAAAUUUUCCUACGUUUCGGCGAGCGAAGUUUAUUAACACACCUCCUUAUUUAUUAACGUUAAUUUGUCUGUUUGCAACGCAUUAUAAAUACCAACUGUUUCAGUUUAGCUUUUAUUUAUUUUUCCAUACGUAAGCAAAGAAAGCAAGAGCAGAUUUCUAAUAUAUUACUCCUUUUAGGUUAUGUAUCGCUUUAGGUAAGAGCUCCAACCAGCUUUCUUUCAAAUUAGUUUUAAACUUUACACACCCAAACAGAAACAGAAACAAAAUCAAUCAAACGAGCAAGCUCCGCGCUUGCCUUGCUACAGUAUUUCUUGAAACAAAAAUUCUAAAUUUGCUGCUUCUGGCAAAGCAUUCCAUGAAAGCUUCUUUCCAAACACUCUGGUAGUGGUGUUGCUAGGCAACGGAAUUUACACACACACUUACACACGCGUACACAGCGCCUAGAAACGUUUUAGUGAGCCACACAAACACUGACAAAAGCAAAAGGUUUAGUAGAAUUUCGCACAAUAAAAGGACUUCAAUCUUUCGAAAAUAAAAAAAAGGAGCGCAUUUAAGUAGCUUUCGAUGGGACUUUUUAUGUUUUCAGCACCAAGCACAGAUUGCUUCGAUAAUUUUUAAACGUGCACGCGCUUCAACUGAGUAACAUUUUUAAGUGUGUGCUUCCGGUGGGGCAUUUGAAGCGAUUAGACAAAUAUUGGCGACGAGAAACCCUGUAAUUUUGGGAGCGGGUUUUCGGAUAUUUACACUGAAAUAAAUCGAUGUUUAAUAAACCUGUUGGCUACUGAUAAAUGUUUACGCGCCACCUAAGUUUAUCGUAAGGGCCCUCGUUACCUUUUACCGUGCAACAUUUGAAUGUCUAAAUGUUACCGUUACGAGCGUAAAUGCGAACUAUUUUUGUACACUCUGCAAAUAAACACUGAUAAAAAUUACAUGUUGGAAUUGUUACGAUUGAUGUAACAUUUUUUUCAGUUUUUUGGUUUUAUUUAAAUUUGCACUUAAAUGUGCGAAACAAAGCUUUUUUUACGGAAACGUGUAUUGAAUUGUUCUCCUCCAACAUAAACAUUCGGCAAGUUGAAAUUUGAAGGUCAAGUUCACAUAUUUGACGCAAAUUUACAUACAUGAAUGUGUAAAAACGAAAUUACAUGGAGAUGCAAAUUCCAGCUUCCGUAUGUAAUUUUACCGCGUUUCUGAUGUAAAGUUACACGUUCGAGUAAUAAAAUAUGUAAAUUUACAUCAAAAACUAGGUAACAUUACAUUAGCGAGGUUUUAUAUGUAAUUUAAUUGUUACACAUUGAUUUACGUGAAAUUACAUAAAAACAGGUCGACUUACACCUUCAAACUUUUAACUCGCCGUUUUCAACGUUUUUUUUAACUGUUCAGAACAAAACCAAACACUGAUAAUAAUAGAAACUCGUAUGUCUUGCACUAGCAGCAGCGCACAUUUUUUGUACGAAGGCGCAUAUUUUACACACACUGAAACACAACCACAAAAAUUGCAACGCAGUCCAUUGGGCAGAGCGCGAGAAAGCGAGCGUAAUUGGGGACACACACACACACUAGAGACAAAGUAAACAAAAGAAAAUGUACACAAUUAGAGCCAUCGAAUUUAUUUGUAGAAACAUUUGAAAAAAACAAAAGAAGAGUAAACAAAACAGCACUAGUUAAAAAAUGGAAAUAGAGAAGAAAUAACUUGAAAAUUUUAUCUGUCCUCUCCUUUAUACAGAAAAAAAACUAAAACUAAUCACAAAUAGUUUGAACACAAUAAAAAAAAAAAACAAAAAAGUCUUGCAAAGAAUCAUGUUAACAUGUAAACAAAGUGUAGUUAAACUAUUCAAAGUAAGUUGAUCAUCAUACUCCUCCCACAACAGUCACAAAAAAUCUGUACAGAACGAAUAGAAUGAAACAAACAGGAAGUAACAAAAAUCACAAGAUUCUUAAAAGUCACCUUCUCUAACACACAAACUAGCAACAAAGCCGAACCUUCAAUGGAGAUUUUACAUGUUACAUACACACACACACACACACACACACGCAAACAGAGAUAGGAAGGCGCCACGCUGAAGCGAAAAGAAACCCCCUCUUAAUAUAUUUGAUAAGCAAACAAAAUCAUGCACACAAACACACACACUAGGUAAAAUCUAUCGUAAUCGACAGACAAACACAAACAAUAAACACUCACACACCGUAGCGAAGUAAAACAAGUGGAAAAAGAAAGUCACAACAAUAAAGCGGUUAAGCUAGGAAAGGAGAACAAAACAAAAACAGAAAAAAACACGAAACAGAAAACACACACACAUAGAGAAAGCAUAAAUGUAUUAACUGACUGUAAGAUGUAUAUUAGUUAAAGCAAAAAACAAAAAAGAAACAAAACAAAUAAAGGAAAGAAAGAUAAAGAAGAUGAUGCAGAAGAUUUGGGGAGCUUUUUGUUCAGGUAUUGAAGACUUUUCGAAAGGUGUAGGCUGCCGGAAGAGGAGUAGGGAAAAAAAGACGAAGAGGUUGGACAAUUAUUUUGCAAAGUAGAAUGGGGAAUAGAAAGUGAAUGCACAGAGUUUGAAAAUGGGAAGAAGUGAAAGGUUGAGGAGAAGAAAAAAAAGAGAGAGAGGGAGGCAAACAACAAUGAACAUAAGUUAUUGUACUAUUAUUAUUAAGUAAUUGCUAUAUGAAAAUGAUUUUUUAUGAUUAUAAUGAUGAAUGAAAACAAUGGAUAUAGAAAACUGGAAAAUGGAAACAUGAAAAACAGAGGAGAGUAACAAUUUAACAAAAUAUAAUUUGGUGUAAAAAG